AUGAAUGAUACGUGGUGGAGAGCAUGGUCUGCGAAGGACAAUUUUCAUAUGCUCCAUCAGAGUUUCUACUCCAGGGAUGCUGGUCCUGCUUGUCAAGAAGCAAUCUUGAGGGAUCAUGGUGCCAGAUGGUCUAUUCUCAAUCUACUCUCUGGCUGGUUACCAUCGAAGAAGUCAGUGCUCGACUUCAUGCAUUGUAUCUUCCUUGGAAUGUGUGGUAACGAGUCACCAAAACAUUGCUUCAAAGAUAUCAUGAAUGCUGUUAAAUGGCCCAGCCAUGUCACUCAAUUGCUGAAAAAUCUAGGUGAAAAUCAAUCACUCAAGAAGGCAGAUGAGUGGUGUCGUAUUCUAACAAUCACCCCCGUCAUUCUCUGGUGGUCUUGGAGGGAUGUUAACAACAAAUUACCAGACUUGGAGCCUUCUCUUCCACCCAACACCAUUGCCCCAGAUUUCUCGUGUAACCGUUGCUUGUUGUAUCAAGCCAUACUUCAUCUUUGCAUGGGAGUCCACAUUCUGGCAUCCUGCUCAAUCUCAAUGGCUCAGGCUCACACUGGUCAGAGCUUCUUAGCCCACUACUGCCUAGAAUGUCUGCAGCUUCACAUCCCACUCACCAUCAAUCAUCAAGCUUCCAUGCACACAGCCGAAAUGAUCAAGAAAUGCAGUCCAGUAUAUGGCUGGUGGCUCUUUGCAUUUGAGCAGUUCAAUGGCAUGCUGGAACGUGUUCAGCAUAACAGUCAUGACAGAGGACGGAUCGAGUUAACUCUCUUAUGGAACUGGGUACAAGCCCAAGACCGUGGAAGUAUGAUGACACAGACAGCAGUUUAUCAAAGCGAAGCUGCUGAAGACAACAUUAGGUUACCACUCCAUAACGCCAAAUUAAUCAAUCUCCGUGCAUAUGGCUCGCCUCAAGGAGUAUUCUACCCCAUUCUUCUUCAGUACUUUCGCUCUCUAUGGCCUGACCUGAACCUUGUUGGCGAUUUAUCAUGCAAUAAUGGCACCCCCCUUCUAUGUGAACAAGGUAGAACUCAUGUCCCUGUGCAGAUCAUGGCACUAUUUGUGGUCGAUGUUCUCAAUGUCGUUCCUCAUGUUUGUGCGGUGGUGUGGAGAUUAGUUUCUGAUGAUAACAUUCCUGCAAUGCCGUGGGACCUCAAGUAA